CGGAGAGAGUAAUAGAAAUUGUUGAACCUCCAGAGCAAAGGGUCAAAAACUAGCAGAGAUCCAGCUGAACCAGAGAUGAUAGCCGCUUCCUCGCCUUCAACCGCCACUCACCGUCGACCGCUGCUUCUUCUCUGCCAAAUACUUCUCCUUCUUCACUAACCUCCGAUAUCCCAUUGUUUACCGCUGCUAUCCAUCCAUAUCUAGAGCCGCCAUCUAGGUUGGCCUAGGGCUUGUUCGGUGGCAGUUUCGGCCGCGGCACCGGGGUUCGAAGUUUGGAUUUUGCUUUUGGAUUGUUUGGGUUUUGCUUUCGGACUGUUUGGACUUUUUGUGAGAUCGGAAUUCAGCGAUGUCGGCUCGGAUUGCAGCAGCAAGGGAUUUAGCGAGUCCAUUGGUUUGCCUCGGUUCUGCAACAGCAAGGGAUCUGCUACUCCAUCAACGAGUCGGCUUGGAGGUCCCUUGUCCUACGGCAACCCUUGUUCUUGGAAGGAGGAAGAUGAGUGCAGGUACAUGGAAUUGCAGAGGACUUGGUAGUCUGGCUACAAUUCAAUGCCUGACGGAUCAACACAAAAGUUUGACUAUGGAGGCGGCUGAGCGGCGGGCACGUCCCCCUCCUGAACCGCCGCCAUGGAGUGCAAGCAAGUCUAGGGUGAUCGUGUGGUUUGGCAACCUCGGACAAAGGAUCUACUUUAUCUGUUUUAUUUUCUCCUUUAGUGAUUAUUUAUUUUGUUGUGUGCCUUCUUUUGGUUUUGAUAUUCCUGUUUGUAAGACGCUUAUUUUGGAUGUGGGGGAUGAGAGGAAUACGGUAACCGUUUUUGACUUUAGGUUUCCCAAUUAUGGAUCAACGAAUUAUAUUGUUUCUCAGGAGGUGAUUAAUUCCGAGUCUGGUUCGCGGGAUAACGGUUGUCAGAUUUCUUUUUGUCGUUUGACCCAUACUCUGAAUUAUCUGUUAUAUCAAUAUAAGUCGAAUUCUUCCAAAAAAAAUAUUUAAUUUUAUUAUAUACGUUUGUUUUAUAA